ACAAAAACAUAAGCUGUACUAACAUUUGUCUAGGAUGUUACGAAAAAUUUCCAUAUUCUAGUCAUUUUUACUUAUUUGCUACACGAAUUUGGUCGAAACAAGCGACAGAAAAGAUAUUGCUGUCUAUACGCUGAUAAGCGACGGCAACACAUUCGUUUUCAGACUCCACUUCCGCGUUUUACUUCCACCCGCUGACGACUGAAAAGCCUUUUUACCUAGAGUGUUUCCCAAUGUAUUUCUCCGCUGGGUCAGUGAGACUUUUUAAACAUUUUAUUUUCACAGUUUAUACCAGAUAUAAUUAACCUUCUUAGCAGAAAACAUACCGUGUGUUUGUUUUAUAAAUGUUUAGUGUGAGUUAUGCCUCAUUUAAAACACCAACAACGCUUUAUACAUUGAAGUGGAUCUAUUUAACCGUUGCAGUGACAGGCAGUGUUUCGGUCUCUCUUAAACAUGGCCACCAUGAUGGAGUAAACGCUACAACUUUAAAAUUCAUAUAAUCGAGGAAAACUAUGCUUCUUUAACCUAAACGAGGAAUGUUUCGAUCUGAAAUAUCGUACCAAACGCCUAAUCCACAUGAGAGCUUUGGGAAAAGUUUCUUCUUGGAUUACAUACGGAAUUAAGUUGGCUUGAAGCUGGAAGGAAAAGAGAAUUGCAUCAAUUCCAAUGUCAUCAGAGGAUAAGAGUCUGGAGCCCUGUGACCAAGGACCAUCUCCUCCCCCGAGCAGUGCUGGGAGCCCGGCCCCCUCUGAUAAACGCCUGCGGGGCCGAUCGCGCAAUGAUGCUGCCCCCUCAUCUACACCCAAGUCCAAACGGAAGUUUUGUAAUCGAAGUCAAGCUCAAGCUGAUGAUGAGGAUAGCAUGGACACCACUGAUGUCACACCAACUGCAGACAUUGACAUCACAUCAGAAAUGGAUGUGCUGGAGCCAGAGACGGAUGAUGAUUUUCCUGAGCCGCUGGAUUUCAGCCCUAGAGACGAGAGCGCUCUGUCUCCGCUCUUCCAGCGUUCUGUGUCAGAAGACUCUGCUGGCUCAUCUGCCUCCACCACCAGAAACACCAAAACUAGGAAAAAGCUCUGUGCCUUCUGCUACUGUGGAGAGAAGAGUCUCUUGGGUCAGGGUGAGCUGAAAUUGUUUGGACCCACGCCCGGUUAUGUGCCGCUACACAUCCGGAACCGCCGCGGCAGCUCUGAGAAGGAUGACGAUUACCAUGAUGAGGACAAUGAUUUUGAUGACAAUGACAACAACCGGAGCCCGGGUCAGCGCGAGGUUGGCCUGAAAAAGGUCAGCUCUCCAGACAGCGGUCUGCACUCUUCCUCGGCUCCUGGUAGCACAGACCCCACUGCUGAGGAGCCCGGCCACAAGUUUUGGAACGAACAGGGCCAAAUCGGCCUUCCCGAUGGCGUUAACGUUGAAUCUUUAUUCGACCCCACUGGGCAGUGCUGCGCUCAUCUGCGCUGUGCAGCCUGGUCAGAAGGCGUGUGCCGCGGCGAGGGACAGUCACUGCUGUAUGUGGACAAAGCUAUUGACUCAGGGAGCACAGAGUGCUGUGCAUACUGUAAGCGCCUUGGAGCCUCUAUGAAGUGUUGUGAGGAGAGCUGUGGGCGCUCGUAUCAUUACCCAUGCGCAGCUGCUGCCGGAACCUUCCAGGACAUGAAGAAAUGUACUGUCCUUUGCUCAGACCACAUCCAACAAGCUCUCAUACGAUCUAAAGAUGAUGUGCGCUGUGUGGUGUGUGACAGCCCUGGAGAUCUGCUGGACCUACUGUUCUGCUGUACGUGUGGCCAGCAUUACCACGCGCUGUGUCUGGACAUCACAAUAACACCGCUUAAGAGGGCAGGCUGGCAGUGCCCCGAAUGUAAAGUCUGUCUCGCGUGCAAGAACCCAGGGGACGACAACAAGAUGCUGGUGUGUGAUUUGUGUGAUAAAGGCUAUCAUACCUUCUGUCUACAGCCUGUCAUGGAUGCCUUACCCACCAGCGGCUGGAGGUGCCAGAACUGUCGGACAUGUGCUCAGUGUGGCAUAAGAGCCAGAGGUCAAUGGUCUUCAAAUGGUCUGAUAUGUGAGGGAUGUCAACAACAACAGGAAGCAGCUCUUCUCUGUCUCAUCUGUGGACGGAGUCAAAGUACAGACAACCCUACAGACAAACACACCUGCCCUACCUGCAAGAGAUGGGUUCAUGUGGACUGUGAGAGACAGGAGGGUUCUGACCCGGAUGGCCUGGUGAAGGAUGGUUACACCUGCAGCGUAUGUAACCAGGUGGUGGAAGAGACUGGGAACGAUCAGACUGUCAGCCGCCAGGAGACGUCGCUCGCUGACCCAGAGCCAGCUUUAGAUGUCUUCAUGGGUUUUGAGGAAGUGAAUGAGGUAGAGGAGGAAGUAGAAUUGGAGCCAGAGGCCAGUGCUAGUCCACUUCCUUCAGUUCCAGAAGAGUUUCUGUCAUCUGCUGAACCUGUCCAAGAGAUCCAAGUGACGGUCACUCUGACAGAGGGUCCCGAACCUCCUCCAUGCUCCUCCACUUUGGUGGGCGUAUCUUCGCUCUCCUUUCAGGCUCCUUCCACUCAUGAGGAACACGAUCAGGAACACGAUGUCCUCGAUGCAUCAGAGAGGUUGAAAGAAACGGAGGAUACACCAUCUGAAGCUUCAGAGGAUGAACCUAAAGAAGACGUUUCGAAAGCUCUUCCAGCUUUGCCAACCAAAGAAACCUCCCCCAAGCUUUCUCCAGCUCAGGAGGAGGAACCUAUGGAUGUCUGUCCCUCAGAUCUCUCCAGCGUGAAGGAUAAAGAGCUUGUCCCAGAAGCCCAGAGCAUUGGAGAAGGUAUUGAGUAUGGACAAAAGCAAGACCAACAAAGAGACCAAGAGGAGGAGGUGGAGGAACCUGAGCUCAGUUCUGUACUACCUGAAGCCGGUAGCGUCCCACCGGUUGCAGAGCUCAGUUCUACAGUGGAAAUGGAUACUACACCUGUCAGCGACCACAGCUUCUCAGGUUUCAGCUCUCCCACUGAGGAUAAGAGCCUGAUUUUAAAACAUUCCCCGUCAAUGUCCUCCGAAGGCUCCCCCAAGCUGACACAGUCCCCGUUCUCAUCAGAGGCCUCUCCCAGGGAGAUGUCUCAAAACCAGACUCCUACCUAUGGCCUAAACCCAGUCAUAUACAGCCCCAGUGUGUCCAACACCACCUUCAUCCCCCUAACGCCCAAAAUAGGUAUGGGAAAGCCAGCCAUCUCAAAGAGGAAGUUUUCACCUGGAAGACCGAGGGUAAAGCAGGGUGCAUGGAGUAACCGUAGCGCGGUGGGUUCGCCAUCCUGGUCCCCAGAGCGCACAGAGGCCUGGGACAACUCUAAGACCAGGCCGCAGCACGGGAUGCCCAUCUGGAGCAUGAGAUUGGGUCGUGGAUCUGGCUUCCCAGGAAGGAGGCGACCCAGAGGAGCUAACCUGUCUGGAAGAGGUGGCAGGGGACGCUCCAGGCUAAAGGCGGAGAGCAGCCCUGUCGUGACCCCUGGGGUGAAUUUAAUGGCUUGUCCAUAUGUAAUUAAAGAAGAGGAGGAGAACUCCAUGCACAACACUGUAGUGAUGUUCUCCACCUCUGACUCCUUCACACUGAAGCAAGACAUGUGUGUGGUGUGUGGGAGUUUCGGGCAGGGCGCCGAGGGCAGACUGCUGGCCUGCUCCCAAUGUGGCCAGUGCUACCACCCCUUCUGUGUCAAUAUCAAGAUCACGAAGGUGGUGUUGAGUAAAGGCUGGCGUUGUCUGGAGUGUACGGUGUGCGAGGCGUGCGGUCAGGCGAGUGACCCCGGCCGCUUGCUGCUGUGUGAUGACUGUGAUAUUAGUUAUCACACGUACUGCUUGGACCCACCGCUGCAGAAUGUACCCAAAGGCAGCUGGAAGUGCAAGUGGUGUGUGUUGUGUACUCAGUGUGGCGCCACGUCACCCGGCCUGCACUGCGAGUGGCAGAAUAACUACACGCAAUGUGGCCCGUGCGCGAGUCUCUCUGUGUGUCCGGUCUGUGUGUGCAGUUACAGAGAAGAAGAGCUCAUCCUUCAGUGCCGGCAGUGUGACAGGUGGGUUCAUACCUCCUGUCAGGGUCUGAACUGUGAUGAAGAUGUAGAAAAUGCAGCAGACGACGGCUUUGACUGCUCUCUGUGUAAAACACCAACCACAUCUACACCUGCGUGUCCAGUGACAAAAGUGUCGGAAAUCAGCGAGCCUCCUUCAGUGACACCGAUUCUUACAAGACUCAAAGAAAAUGACUUUCAGAGGACGUACACACAGGAUGGAGUAUGUUUAACAGAAUCAGGCUUGUGUCAGCUUCAGAGUCUAUGUCUUCAGACCACCCGCCGCAGACGACAGAAACCCAAACUCAAGCUGAAAAUCAUCAAUCAGAACAGUGUGGCUGUGCUGCAGACGCCUCCUGAUCCACAGUCUGAACUCUUCAGAGAUGGAGAUGUGGAUGACUGUCGAGAGGGCGACCCAAUGGACUGUGAUGGGAAGUCUGACUCCAGCCCAGAGCGAGAGCCCUGCGACGACCACCUGAAAGCAGCCGACGGCAGCGACAGCAACAAGAAGAGGAAGAGGAAACCGUACAGACCGGGUAUCGGUGGGUUCAUGGUGCGUCAGAGGAGCAAAGCAGGGCAGGGAAAAGCCAAACGCUCGCUCAGUCGGAAAGACUCCACAAGCUCUUUUACAGAGAACUUCAUGUUGAAGGAGGAAGGUUGGAAUGAACCGGAUACUCCCGUGGAUGAGACUCCACCGGUAAAUGAACCUCUGGAAAAAGUGAAAAAGAGAUACAGGAAGAAGAAAACCAAACUUGAGGAGGCCUUCCCAUCAUACCUACAGGAGGCAUUCUUUGGUAGGGAACUCCUGGAUAAAAGCAAGCACACCAAGCUGACAGUGGAAACAGGGCUCGUGGACGAAGAAGCCAAUCGAUCGGAUCGCAAAUCCCAUAAGUGCAGCUUUCUGGACCCAUUAUCUGACCCGCUUCUGAGUACCACAUCCACUCCAGCCUCAUUUAAAGCUGGCCCACUGCCAAAUGUGGAGGAUCCUUUAGCGGAGCUGGUUCUUCAUUCAGAUGAUGAUCUUCUUGGAAUGCUGUCGGAUGAUCUGGUCAAGCCAGGUGCUGAAUCAGGUCUUGAUUUAUGCCCUUUCCAAGUGGACAGUUCCCCCUCUCCGUUCGCUGGUCUGGACAUUAGCACAAUUUCAGACGAUCAGUCAACGGCUCCUCAUUCAGGCAAUGCUAGAGGUCAUCGUACGUUACAGGAGGAACCACUGGAUGUCAUACUGAGUCCUGAGCUGGACAAGAUGGUUUCUGAUGGGGCCAUCCUCAGUAAGCUCUACAAAAUUCCAGAACUGGAAGGAAAAGACGUGGAGGAUUUAUUCACAGCAGUGCUCAGUCCCAGCACUAGUCAAGCACCUCAACUCCCUCAUCCACCAAACACUGUUCCUAAUGCACCAGUCCGAGCGGUGGCCCUUCACAAUCCAGGAAAUGGUGCAAUGUUCCCACGCAUGCCUAUGAUGAACGGUAUGAUGGGGCCAAACAGCCACUUUCCUCCGAACCCAAUGAUGCCUAGAGCUGGAUUGCCUGGCACAUUUUCUCCUCUUCACCGAAUGCCUUUUCCAGAAAAUGUCAGGGAGAAGAAAUUCAGUCAGUUAGGAGGCGAUGUUAUGGGUCCCUGGACAUCUCCUGUUCCCGUGCCUGGACCAGUCCCUCCAGCAGAGGCGGAGACUGACACAAUGUCUAAUGCUCAGAGGAGCACGCUGAAAUGGGAAAAAGAGGAAACACUGGGUGAAAUGGCCACUGUAGCACCUGUCCUUUACACCAAUAUGAACUUCCCCAACCUUCGAGAUGAGUUUCCAGAUUGGGCAACUAGAGUGAAGCAAAUUGCAAAGCUAUGGAGGAAAGCUAGCUCUCAGGAUAGAGCACCAUAUGUGCAAAAGGCAAGAGACAACCGAGCAGCCCUUCGCAUUAACAAAGUUCAGCUGUCUAAUGACAUGAUGAAAAUACAGCAACUGCAGGAGCCAGUGGACGCCUUUGAUCCCAGCAUUUCCAUGGACACAGAUCUGAUCUUCAAGGACCCGCUCAAGCCCAAGGAGACUGAGCAGGAGCAAGAGUGGAAGAUGAGACAGCAAAUGAGACAAAAGAGCAAACAACAAGCUAAGAUUGAGGCCACUCAGAAGUUAGAACAGGUUAAAAAUGAACAACAGCAACUUCAAAAACAGCAGCAACAACAGCAAUUCAGUGCAACCUCAGUUACAGACGCUCCUGAUAGUGGAAAUCAGAGUCCAAUAAAUACUCCCACCAGCAGCGGAGGUAAUUCUCCUGUGCAAGCAUUAACACCCAAGGAUUCCUUUACAAGAUGCCAAAAGCCUGGAACACCAACAUCAUCUCCAUCAAGAUAUAAUGUGUUUCUGCGUCCUCAACUUCCUCCCCCUUCAUCCACAGCAAAGACCCCUACCCAUGAUGCCCAGUGCCCGUUAUCUCAGCCUCCGUCUCCUCAAAUGUUUUCAGCUGAAUCCUCUAGUUCCCGCCCCUCUUCACCAUGGGAUCCUUAUGGCAAAAUGGUGGGAACCCCCCGGCCACCGUCUGGGUCUAGCACGCCUCGCAGAGGUUCAGUGUCUGAUGGCCAGGAGCGGAAUUGGCCCUCACCAGCCCAUGAAUCUUUUGGGUCUCCAACAUCCUCCAGCUCUGACCCAUAUGCAAAGCCUCCAGACACGCCUCGACCAUCAGACCCAUUUGUGAAACCUAUGGGUCCGUCCAGACCUGGACCAAUAUCGGAGCAGCAACAAGGGCGGAUAGGUAAUGUAACACCUGGUGACAAUUUCUCCAGAGCAGGCCAAAGAUCUGAAGCAUACCAGCGCAUGGCUCAUAACCGAAUGGUCCUCUCUGACCCUUACUCUAGACCGCUGUUAACACCCAUUCCAGGAAGUAAUGAGUCUGGAUCUGUGCCGCUCUUCAAAACACCCAUGCCUCCUCAGUCACAGCAAGACUCAUUCAGCGCCGCACAACAAGGUUUUAGAGUAGUGUCUUCUGAAACUUUCCCUCAAGUUCAACAGUCUGAUCCUUACGCACAUCAGCCUCUCACACCUCAUCCAUCACUUGGAGAUGGUUUCAACAAUGAGGGCAGAAUGAUGCGUCAAACACAAGGGAAUCCUUUCACCCAAGCAUUAUCCAUGAGCAGACAGCGGGAUCCGUAUGCACAGGCGCCAUCUACACCUAGACCAGGUUACCCUCAUCAGAUGCCUGACCCGUAUGCUCAACCUCCCGGUACUCCACGACCACAUGAUCCGUAUGCCCAGAUGCCUGGUACCCCAAGACCACACUCUGAUCCUUACCCAGUGACACCAUCCACACCUAGAACUGCAGCAAUGAAUCAGUUUUCACAGCCUAACAGUCGCAGACAAUCUCCAUCUCAUGCUAUUGAUCCCUAUGCACAAAUGCCGGGUACCCCGAGGCCUUCUCCUGGCGAGAGAUACCCUAAAUCCCCAGGGACUCCGAGAACCCCAGAUCCCUACUUGCAGCCUCCUAGAACUCCUCGACCGGUUCAUAAUGACCCAUAUUCCCAAGCCCCCGUUAUGUCUUGUCCAGGGGCUGGCCCAGAGGCCUUCUCCAGACUGAUUCCCAGAGGAAACGUAAUUUCUCAUCAAAUUGACCCAUUUGGCCAUCAAACAGAACCAUUUGGGCAUCAAACCCAAAGCAGGAUGCUGGACCCAUUUGCUCGUCCAUCUGCCCCUGGUUCUCAAACACCAAAACAUCCUGGGAUCCUCCUGCCACAGACAAACCCUAACCAGACACCUGUCCAUGAUCCGUUUGAACAAGCUCCAUUACCUCCAUGUUCACAAACAGGAGAAAGAAUGUCACAUGAUGUUUCAGCAAACACUGGCAAUGCUUCAGAUUCACAGAGCAUAAUGCAGCCACCACUUGGAGACGCAGAAGAGAAAAUCAAACAGCGCCAAAUACUACGGCAGUUAAUUCUCAAACAGCAGAAGGAGAAAAGUGCUAUUAGACAGGAAAAGGGACUCCAGGAGGCAGCAGCUGCAACAAUACCUGGGACUCCACGGCAUUGGUCGCAGGAUGAUGCUGGGGCUAAAAAUGAUAUUUUUGGCAGACCCCCACCCCCGUAUCCAGGGACUAUGAGCUCUUCACUGAUGCAGGCUGGACGAAGAUUUCCAGGAACUUUCUGAGAUCAAAGAGGUCCCUUGCCUGAUGAACUUCAUUGCUCUCGACCACCAUUCCCCAGGGACCUGAACAACAUGGCAAUGAGACCCCAAGGACAGAGGUUUGGAUUUCAUCCUGGUCCUCCAAGCCAAGAUCAGUUCCUCCGGAACAAGAUGCAAGGUGGCAUGAUUGUUGACAGUGUUUCACCACACAUGAGAAGACCAAUGGGGAGUAAUCAUCAGAUGUGUAUUCCCCAGCAUUUUCCACCACGUGGCCCUCAAAUGCAGCAACACAACAUAAUGGGUCAACCAUUCAUUGAGCUCCGUCACAGAGCUCCUGAAAACAGAGUCAGAAUACCUUUUGGGACACAUAAUGUUUUGGAUCAUACUAAUCAUUCUCAUAGACCCCCUAAUGGCUUCAUGGGUGGCCAGAAUAUUGCAUUUCCUGGAAACCAAGUUCCCAGAAUGAUGGAUCCUAUGUUUGGUCACUCUCAACAAGGAUCAAUCAGUCAUCUGCAGACACCGACCAAUUCGGAGAAUCGACACCCUCUGAUAAAUACCUCAGCAAUUACAACACAACUACAGAUUCCAUUAGCAGCACAGCUUAGCCAUUCAGUCAGUAAUGGUUUAGUUACUCCAUCUCAGCUGCAGCUCUCUGGUCCAUCAGAGGAAAUGUCAUUGUCUUGUAGUGAUGGUAUUGAAGAAAAGCUGGACCCAGAUGAUUCUGCUGUGAAGGACCUUGAUGAUGUUGAGGUCAAAGACUUGGUCGAUGAAGAUCUGGACAACCUGAACCUUGAUGCCGAUGACGGCAAAGACAUAGACCUGGAAACAAAUGACCUUCAUCUCGAUGAUCUUCUGGAAUCUGGGUUUGAUCUCAUUGCUUAUGCAGAUCCUGAGCUGAACCUCGAGGACAAAAAAGAUAUGUUUAAUGAAGAGCUGGAUUUGAGUGAUUCCAUUGAUGACCAAGGGGAAACUUCAGAGCUUCAGAAGAGUCUGUCUGUUAAAAGAAGUGCCGCUAGUGGAAAUGUGUCGUCGGCUCAACCUCAAUCAGAGGAUGAACAUUCCAUUAUUGUCAAAUUAGAGAAGAACCUGUCGAACGAGGGUAAUCCUCAGCCUGACAGAAUGGUGAAAACAGAGGUAUAUCAAGCUUUAAUAUCCAACCAAGAGGCAUCUCUGAUGGUAAACUCUGUGGAUGAGCAUCAACCUAUGAGUAGUAAAGGUGGUCAAGACAAUGUCUCUAAUCGUUUUGAUGAGUCUUGUGCUGGUGCACAUCCUGGGUCUGCUCUAGUACUGUCUAACAUCAAGGAGAAACAUGAAGACCCUACUCUCCAAACUAAUCUUGGCCCCAGUGUCCAGACAAACAUGGGUUUGGUGAUGCUUCAAGGACAAUCUCAAGAUCUGGUGCAUAGGGUUGACCCAUCUGUAACUCAAGCAGCACUGUUUGGUAACCCAACUAUGAAGCAAUCAGGAAACCAGCAGAUGCCUCUUCAAGGGUUUGGAUCUUCACAAGGCCAGCAAGUGGAUCUAAACCUCCCAAUGUUUAGCGGUUCCCAUCCUGUUAACCCAACUCAACAGGGGAUGUUCACUUCUGGAGCUGCCGGGACACAAGCUUCUCAAGAGCAGCAGAAUCAACUGAACCGACCUCUUCUGUUAGACGAACAGCCUCUGCUUCUGCAAGAUCUGUUAGAUCAAGAGAGACAAGAGCAACAACAACAGAGGCAGAUGCAGGCCAUGAUUUGCCAACGCUCCAAUGACCCUUUUUUCCCGAACUCUGAUUUUGACACCAUUGCUGACCCAAUCAUGAAGGCAAAGAUGGUGGCUCUAAAGGGGAUCAACAAAGUCAUGGUACAGAACAGUAUGGGCAUGGCUCCAAUGAUGAUGAACAGAAUGCAACAGGUGCCUGGAACACAUGGCCCAGAUCCAAGUGGUUUCUCUCAACAUUUUUUUGGACCGGAUGGGAAGAUGCCACCACAGAUUACAAGGCCCAAUCCCCCUAAUUUUGGACCUGGGUUUGUCAACGAAUCACAAAGGAAACAGUAUGAGGAGUGGCUUCAAGAAACACAACAGCUUCUUCAGAUGCAGCAGAAGUUUCUAGAGGAACAAAUUGGGUCCAACAGGAAAUCUAAAAAGGCCCUCUCUGCAAAACAGCGGACAGCAAAAAAAGCUGGGCGGGAGUUCCCAGAGGAAGAUGCAGAACAGCUGAAACAAGUGACUGAACAGCAGAGUGUGGUUCAAAAGCAGCUGGAACAGAUACGAAAGCAACAGAAGGAACAUGCUGAGCUCAUCGAGGAGUAUCGUGUUAAACAGCAACAAGAGCAACAACGCCUCCAACCUGGUGUCAUGGGUCCAGUACAGGCUAUGCCAGGAAUGCAGGCACGCCAAGGAAUAAUGCCUGGUGGACCUCCAAUGGGUCAACCGACGAUGGGUCCUAUGAUGCCCAUGCAACAAACACACCUCGGUCAGUCAAGACCUCCUCGCAUGCCUAACAUGCCAGGGUGGCACCCAGGUGCUGUUCGGCCAAUGGGUGGACCUAGGAUGCCACCUCAUAUGCCCCCUCAAAUACCAUUGUCCACUGUAGGCCAGCCUCUCCAGACUCGGCUUCCUCCUCCAAUGGAUCCAGGAGGUAAACCCGACCAACCCGGUGCGGUUGCUGGAGGAAAUGGCGCAGGAGCCAAUAUUGGUGGCCCUCAUGUGAAGUUUGAUGAUAAUAAUCCAUUCAGCGAAGGUUUCCAGGAGCGCGAGCGUCGGGAGCGCCUUCGUGAACAGCAGGAAAAGCAACGCGUUCAACUCUUGCAGGAAGUUGAGAGGCAAAGGGCUUUGCAGAGUUUCGAGAUUGAGCACCAGGGCAUUGGAAUCAGACCCGACAGCAGCGGGGAUGGCCUUUCCCAGAUGCCCUUCUUUAACUCUGACCUGUCACAAGAAUUCGUUCAGACACCCAGACCUCAACAGCAGCUGAUGGGUCAAGUGUUCCCUCAGCCACCAAACAUGCCUUUAGACUUUGUGGGUUCAAGUCCUGCAUUUCAGCACAGUGGAGAGCGCAGACCUGUACCUGGGAAUAGCUCUUUCGGUCCAGAUAUGGGACCAAAGUUUCAGUCCAAUAAUCCUGCAUUGUGUGGUUUCCCACCAGGUCAGUCUCGGCCUCCAGGGAUUGAAAGGCUUGGAAUGUCACCCUAUGGUGGUGGUGAUGCGUCCUCAUAUUCCAUAGAUUCUACAACCCCGUUACCUGCUAAUUUUCCUGGCUCGGGACAGUCCCUGAUCCAACUCUACUCCAACAUCAUUCCUGAGGAGAAAGGCAAAAAGAAACGCAACCGGAAGAAGAAACGGGACGAUGAUGCAGAUUCCAUGAAAACUCUUUCUACACCACACUCUGACCUCACUGCCCCGCUUACACUGUGUGUAUCUGACACAUCUUCCACCCCGACGUGCACUGCUGCCAUCUUGGGUGACCAAGACACAUCAGAGUUCUACAACCCCACAGGCUCUGGCCUUCCAUUAUCUACAGAGCAAGAGAAACAACUUUCUGGAGGUACUCUGCUGCGGCGGCAGUCAAGUGUAGGCUCUGAGGCAGAGAGGAAUGAGCUCCUCCGUGAGAUCAAGAUGGAAAGGUUGGAGAGCAGUGAGUGCCAGAAGACUGAGGGAGAGCUGGCACACAGCCAGAGUACAGCAGCAGGCAUUAUAAAGAUGGAAGAGAAUAAUGAGGUCAUUUCCUCCAUUCCAACAUCCCAGAGUGAGGAUACGGGAAAUGAGCUGCUCAAACACCUUCUGAAGAACAAGAACACCCCUCCACCUCCUCCAACACAUCAACUGUGUAAUGACAGUAUACGAUCAGAGGAUGAGAGCCUGGGUGACCGUAAAAGCUCUUUAAGAUUGGACAUUACAAAAUCUUUAAGCCACUUGACAGGAGUUGUUGAUCUUGAUGCAUCCGUACCCGAGCAAUGCAAGAAGAAACAGCGCAAUAAAAGGACACCUAAGAGCGGAGCUGAGAAACCUCUGUCACGCUGGAAAAAACGAAAGAAAGAAGAUGAAGAGAGGCAGUCCAUGUACACCAACACAGAUACACUGAUGACACAACUCGAACAGCAGCUCUCUAUGCUGCCUCUGAUGGAGCCCAUGAUCGGGGUAAACUUUGCAUACUUUCCUCCGUAUGGCAGCGGUCAGCUGAACGGAGCGAGCAGACUGUCUGGAUCAUUUGGAAGUGCGUCGCUGGAUGGCGUAUCCGAUUAUUAUUCACAACUCAUCUAUAAGCAGAACAAUCUUAGCAAUCCCCCAACACCGCCUGCUUCACUGCCUCCCACACCGCCCCCUGUGGCAAGACAGAAGAUAUUAAAUGGCUUUGCUACUGCAGAGGAACUGGCCAGGAAAGCCGAAGUUAUGGUUUCUAAAAGCUUGGCUCAGAAGCAGCUCAGCGUUUCAUUUAAAGGUGAAGAAGAUCUGCUGACUCACACAAUCACUCAGGGUCCAAAAACUGUUGACGUUCCCGCUUCUCUACCGACUCCACCCCACAACAACCAGGAGGAACUUCGGGGUCAGGAUCACUAUGAGGACAGGGACACUCCUGACAGCUAUGUUCCGUCAUCUUCUCCUGAGAGUGUGGUGGGUAUGGAGAUCAGCUGUUAUCCAGAUCUUUCUCGAGUUAAAGAAGAGCCGCCAUCUCCUGCUGCCUCUCCGGUCAUCCCCAUGCUGCCCAGUGCCAGUGGGAAAGGCUCUGAAGCCAAACUGUGGGAAGUCAAGAAAGAGCCAGCAUGCAGUUUCAUUGGUUCACAAUUUGGACAGCUGUCCACCUGCUCAAGAUCUGAUCUGGUGUCUGUAGCCAUUACUCUGCAGCCAGCUGCCGCACAGAAUAUUCAAGGUGUGAUGUUGACAUUGGCGAACAUGCUGAAUGUGUCCAUCCCGGGGAGUUAUGAAGUGAUCCGGUCUCUAGAAUCAGAGCAGGUGCCUCCUCAAACUGCCAUGUUUCAUCAGCAGCCUGCGAUGAGACUCCUCCGGCCACCGAUUAAUUCAUUCCGUGAGGGUUCAGCUGUUGUCAGACCAGACUAUCAGGAGAGCAGAAACAGCCCAGGGCUUAAACCACAGUGGUGCUCUCAUUGCAAGGUGGUGGUUCUUGGAAAUGGGGUCCGCAAAUCUACCAAAGACCUGCCUGUGAAUAAACAGGCCUGUGGAAGAGCUGAAGGGAAUCUGGUCUUCUGCAGUCACAACUGCGUCCUUCUCUUCUCAGCUGACAUGCAGACUAAAUCUGUAGAUGGCAGGCCAAACAUGUCUCUACUGUCUGAUGACAAGCAGAUGAAGGUGCUCCAUCAGUACAGUAACAACAUAUCUGAUCUGGACGUUCACUGUCUGGCUCGACUGCAACCUAAGCUGUCUCCACCAUCCGCUCCUCUUACAUGCUUCCCUUCAAUCACUUCUGAAACAUUCAGAGGAGACAAGUCUGAUACUCUCAAAGUCACCGUCAAACUGAAGCCUCGUCCUCGAGCCGUGCACAACGACGGCGAUGAACCUCGCUUCUUGUCCCCUAAGCGCUGGAAGGCUCUGCGGUGGAGGAAAUGGAGCAUUCAGAUCGUGGUGCCCAAGGGCAACUACCACCUGCCGGGGGAAGCAGAAGUGGACGAACUGCUGAAGAAACUUGGGACGGCUCUCCGGCCUGAGCCCCUGCCCAGAGACACGCGCCGCUGCUGCUUCUGCCACCAGGAAGGAGACGGUCUCACUGACGGUGCGGGCCGCCUCCUCAACCUAGACCUGGACCUGUGGGUGCACCUCAACUGUGCCCUGUGGUCGACGGAGGUAUACGAGACCCAGGCUGGAGCUCUUAUUAACGUGGAGAUGGCGCUGAGGAGAGGCCUGUCGGUGCGCUGCGUGUACUGCCAGCAGAUUGGCGCCACGAGUGGCUGCCACCGGUUGCGCUGCACCAACGCCUACCAUUUCACCUGUGCCGUUAGAGCGCAGUGCAUCUUCUUCAAAGACAAGACCAUGUUGUGCCACUUGCACCGACCAAGGGGAAGCAGCUCGUUCGGAGGCCUGCUGGGGACCGAUCAUGAGCUCCGCUGCUUUGCCGUGUUUCGCCGGGUGUACGUGCAGAGGGACGAGGCCCGGCAGAUCGCCAGCAUCAUUCAGAGGGGGGAACGGGAACACACCUUCCGCGUGGGAACCCUGGUGUUUCAUUCUGUUGGUCAGCUGCUUGCUCAGCAGAUGCAGGCCUUCCACUCAGUGUCUGCCAUCUUUCCUGUGGGCUACGAGGCCAGCCGCAUCUACUGGAGCAUGCGUCACGGAAACCGCCGAUGCCACUACGUGUGUUCCAUCGAUGAGAACGAUGACGAGCCAGAGUUUACCAUUCGUGUGGUGGAGCAGGGUUACAAUGACUUGAUUCUUACCGGAUCCUCGCCAAAAGGCGUGUGGGAGAAAGUUCUUGAGCCGGUGGCAGAGAGAAGGAAUGAGACCGGAUCUCUGAAACUCUUUCCGGUCUAUCUGAAGGGAGAGGAUCUGUUUGGAUUAACGGUUUCUGCUGUUACCAGGAUCGUGGAAUCUCUUCCUGGUGUGGAGGCGUGUGAGCGUUACACUUUCCGCUAUGGCUGUAAUCCACUGAUGCAGCUGCCUUUGGCUGUAAACCCUUCUGGAUGUGCCCGCUCUGAACCUAAAGCAUGCACACAUGUCAAGAGGUUUGUGUUAAGGCCUCAUACACUGACCAGAUGCAGCUCUUCUAAAGCUUUGCAGAGUCCUGGAAAUCCAACUGAGAUGACUGGCCCUCCAUACAGCAAAAACUUUGUCCACUCCAAGUCCGCUCAAUAUCGUCGCAUGAAGGCUGAGUGGAAGUCCAACGUCUACCUGGCCCGCUCACGCAUACAGGGAUUAGGCUUGUAUGCAGCCAGAGACAUUGAAAAAUAUACCAUGGUGAUUGAAUAUAUUGGUACCAUCAUUCGCAAUGAGGUUGCAAAUCGGAAGGAGAAGAUGUAUGAGGCGCAGAAUCGUGGAGUCUACAUGUUUCGCAUUGAUAGUGAGCAUGUCAUUGAUGCAACUAUUACAGGAGGACCUGCAAGGUACAUAAACCACUCCUGCGCACCCAACUGCAUUGCUGAGGUGGUAACGCUUGAAAGAGGUCACAAAAUCAUCAUCAGUUCCAACCGGCGAAUCCAGCGAGGCGAAGAGUUGUGUUACGACUACAAAUUUGACCUUGAGGACGAUCAGCAUAAAAUCCCGUGUCACUGUGGUGCAGUAAACUGCCGGAAGUGGAUGAACUGAAGAGAAACGAUGGACAGUUCAACACAUAUGCAUUCCUUGUUUUAGUUUUAUGAUUAAUGACAACUUUUAAAAUGAAACAACAGAUAAAAACGAAAAUGUUUAGACCGCAGAACUGUAAGGCUUCAAAUCAAUGGCAAGCGAGUCAGUAUAGCAUAUGAGCACCUUUCUCCUAAACUAAAAGCAGGCUGCACACUGGUUACUCUGAAUUGCAAAGACAAUGUUAAUGUAUUUUGAUCUGCGUUUGAGACGAGAUGAAGAACUCUAGCAGACAGCGGCGAGCGAGAGGUUUUUAAAGGUGGGCUUGGGCUUGAAAGUGCUGGCCACAGCCUUAUUUAGACAUUAAGAGGCUGGUCCUCUAGCUAAAGAAAUCUAUUUACAAAUAUAUACAGAUAGUUACAGAAAUGUAGACACCACUGAACAAGGAAUGUACUGAGAAGACUUCCUUAGGGAUAAAGCUAAGGGAAUGAUUAACUUGCACUAAACCAGAAAGAUACCGUUGAAAUACUUGAUUCCAUGAGUCAGUUUAUUUUUUCCUUUGUUUUAUUUCUGUAAAAUAAGAGACAGCUUUUGUAUUUAUUAUGGAUUGAAGCUAUUUUUUAAAAAUGUGGAAAAGCAGAGAAGUUGAACUGCUUGGAAAGCCUGCCGAUCGGACAGAACAUGUUACUUUAUAUAUGAUGUGUAAAUAUCCGUCUAUAAAUACAAAUGUGUAAAUACUCGACCAAAUGUUACCUUAACGUUAUCUGGGCGAUCUUUUGUUUUCAGUAAAACAAAACGAAACAAAAAAAUGUAUUUAAGAAGGAUGUCGAGAUAUCAUUUUAAGAGUAUAUGUGUUGUAUAAAAUUGUACAGAAUCUGUAAAAACUUAAGAAUUAUUCAGAGUAUUUUUGUUGUAUUUAGAAUGUAGAAACUUGUCUAAAAUGAUCUGACCACUUGAAGAAAUUUCUUUCCUUUUCUAAUCUAUUUUCACAAUCGAAACGAUCACCAGUCAUGAUUGUGACUGAUCUUAACUGUUCAUCAGAAUAGUGCGCUGUGAAUUUCCAUUCAGAUCCACCCAUCAUGGUAGUUUCCCAUCGCCAGCACAGCUGCUCCACACCGCUCACAACGCACCCCGAACUUCAGAGGUGAAGUUCAAUGCCUUUCACAUUCACAGAACUCAAUGCUUAGAUUCAUGCUACCUUCAUGUUUACAUUGAAAAGAAGACUAUAGAUGUUUUGUUUAAAAGUGAAAAUCAUGUUAUGUUUAUACAAACUCGAUGCUAUGAAAUCAUUCAAAACCUGGUAAUGGCACUUUGCAGACCAGUUUGAAAUGAAGGUUUUUUUUCAAUGUGCACAGCUCACUUGGACUGCAGUUCUUACUAUACCUAGACAGUCCUGAGCUUGUUACAUACAUGGCAUGGUGUAUUUUUUCAACUUUAAGAUGAAUGAGUUGUACAUAUUUUCUCAAUGACUGGCUGUAAUGAAAUUUGUUUCUUGGAUAUUUUCCCUAUUUGUACAAUAUUCAGACAUUUAACAGUAUUUGUCAUUUUUUGUCCUGUAAAGUAGUAUCCAAUGAUAAAGUUUUUUUUCUUUGUUUUUGUUUGUUUUUGGAGUAUACAAAGUGUGGGUUUUGGAAUUUGUGGAAUCAGAUUUAGGAGCAUUUACAAAAACAAAAUAAAAUAUUUUACAUCAUA